GCCAUGCUGGCAACACUGUCGAGUUCCACGCUGUUUUUGUUUUGUUUUCAUUUUUUACGGAAAAUCAACUAAAUCGCAAUGAAAAUAUCACGUUUUAAAAAGUCCCACAAAACCCUAGUGUUUUUCGCAACAAACUUUGAUUAUCGGGAACCCUACCAGGUGCUAAUCGACGCCACCUUUUGCCAGGCUGCCUUGCAGCACAAAAUUGGCAUAGACGAGCAGAUAAAGAAGUAUUUCCAAUGCGGCGUCAAACUGCUGACCACCCAGUGCGUGAUCCUGGAGUCGGAGGCUUUGGGAGCUCCUUUAACCGGAGCCACAUCCAUAGUCAAGCGGUUCCAUGUGCACAAAUGUGGUCACGAAGGAAAACCCGUGGCGGCAGCUGAUUGCAUCAAAUCCAUGACCAAGGACAAUCGCUAUAUAGUGGCCUCCCAGGACCGUUUGCUGCAGGAGAGUCUACGCAAAGUGCCCGGUCGCUGCCUGCUCUACCUGCACAAGGCCACGCCCGUCUUGGAAGCCCCCUCCAAGGCAUCCAAGAAGUGGGUGCAAAAGCGUGCCAAUAUCUUGAUGCUGGGCAAGCAGGCCGACAAAAUCGACUACAUGAAGGAGAAACAAGGCCUGAAACUCACUGAAAGUCCUACCAAUCCCAAAAAGCGAAAGGGACCCAAGAAUCCCAAUCCCUUGUCGUGCAAGAAGAGCAAAAAGGAGAAGGCCAAGACACCACUCAAGGGAGUGCAGGAGCAGAGCACACUGACCAAGGCGAAACGGAAACGUAUCAAGAUUCCGGCGCAUGUCAAGGCGGCUCUUAACAAAGACUAGAGAUACGAAGAUUAGAUACUAAAGAGGAUAAAUAUAAGAUAAAGAAAAGCAAAUAAACUGCAGUUUGCUUAGAAA